AUGGAGGAGUUGAUGGGUAGUUAUAGGGAAGAGUAUGGACUACUACAUGAUUAUGCUGCUGUAAUUAAGCAAACCAAUCCUGGUACAACUUGCUUUGCCAUGUCAUGUAGCACUGACAAUUUAGAAGGCAAACCCUUAUUCAGUAUGUUUUAUGUCUGCUUUGAGGCUUGUAAGAAGGGCUGGAUGGCAGGUUGUAGGAAAAUUAUAGGGAUAAAUGGUUGUUUUCUGAAAGGAAUAUGUAAGGGUCAGUUGUUAUGUGCUGCGGGGAGGGAUGGAAACAAUCAAAUGUUUCCUAUUGCUUGGGGUGUGGUUGAAUUGGAGACAAAAACAACUUGGAGCUGGUUUCUUAAAAGCCUGAUCAAUGACCUGGAACUUGGAGAUGGAGAGGGGUACACUUUUAUCUCAGUUAUGCAGAAGGGACUAGAAUCUGCUAUGGAACAGCUGCUUCCAUAUGCAGAACACAGGAGAUGUGACAGGAAGCUUGCAUUCUGGAACUGUGCCAAGAGCACAUAUGGAGGUCAAUUGAAGCAGAGGUUAGAGGUGUUAGAUGGAUUAGGUAAAGACAUUGUACAAGCUGCAUUGUCAUAUGGGAUUAGGAGAUGGUGUAAAGUGUAUUUUGACACCUCCAUCAAGUGUGAUGUGGUGGACAAUAACCUAGCUGAGACCUUCAAUGGCUGUAUUCUAGAAGCAAUAUGCAAGAGCAUUAUUACAAUGCUUGAAGAAAUCAGAGUACUAGUCAUGAAUAGAAUAUGGACUAAAAGGCAGUCUGCUGAUUCAUGGAUAAUGGGCAUUGCUCCAAGAGCUAUGGAGAAGUUGAAGAAGAACAAGACAAUGUCUCAUGAUUGGGAGAUGGAUUGGAAUGGGGAUUUUGGUUAUGAAGUCAACCGUGUUACUGACAAGGAUGACAGACACACUGUGGAUUUGGAGCUGAGUACCUGCACCUGCAGAGAAUGGGAUCUCACUGGGAUCCCAUGUUGCCAUGCUGUGUGUGCUAUUUACUCCAUCAGUGAUAACAAUAACAAGACUCACAGAAGUGACAAACCUGAGGAAUAUGUGCACCACUAUUACUCAAAAGAGACCUUUUUGAAGUCUUAUGCAUACACAAUGAUGCAUGUCCCAGGAAAGUUGCAUUGGGUUAGUUGGAGAGGAUGGAACCUCCACAGUUUAAGAAAAAGCUUGGGAGGCCUAAAAGAUGUAGAAGGAAAGACAAGGAUGAGACAAAAAAACUGGCAAGCUAGGGCAGCAGGGCAGGAAGAUGACAUGUGGUCAUUGUCGUGA